AUGACGGCGCCCUCUUCUUUCUACGAGGUGCUAGGCCUGGCCGCGACCUGCAGCGCUGACGACGUCCGGCGCGCGUACCACCAGGCGGCGCGCCGCUACCACCCAGACAAGCGCGCGAAUGACCUGAACGCGGAGGACGAGCAGCAGUUCCUGCGCGUGCAGGAGGCCUACGAGACGCUGCGGAGCGCCGAGCUGCGGCGGCAGUACGACGCCAAGCUGCAGCAGGACGAGCUGGUGCGCAAGAGAGAAGAAGAGGUGGUCGUGGUCUCGGACGAGGUCCCGCUCGCAGACAUGCAGCGCGAGGUCCUGCCGGGCGAGGGCGGAGACGAGGACGAGGUGCUCUUCACGCACCAGUGCCGCUGCGGAGACCUGUACGAGAUCACGGAGGAGGAGCUGCAGGACGGCGUGGACGUGGUGCCGUGCACAGGCUGCUCGCUGCACAUUCGCGUGCUGCAGAACAGCGCGCGGUGA